CUAGUGCGUUCCAGCCUUCUGUGUCAACAACAGUUUGUCGCCUCGCAUGGCUUCAAAAUCCUCUUCGAAGUCCUCGAUCGUGUCACUGCGUCGGAGGCCUUGAUACAGGAGCACACGCGUUUCCUCAACAAGGCGAACUUCUUCCUCUCCUGCAUGUGUCAGGAGUUAACGGACGAACAGUUGCUUGCCAUCAAGGACUGUGCCCUUGCUGACAAAAUCGCGGAACUGGCCCUGCGUUUUGCACCGGCUCCUCCACCGGAGUUCCUGUUGAGUGGUCUAGACCUUCUGCUCACCGGUCGGCGGUCCGUACUGUUGGACCCAGACAACAGCGCAGUCGACACCAAGCCUGCGCCGAAACUGUCCCUGCGAGAUGAUCUCAAGGCGAACCUUCGCAAGGCGAUCGGCAACCUUCCCACCGCUGACUCUGACUGUGCUGUGGAUCCAGCUAUAGUGAAUAGUCUGAAGAAAUUGUUGAAAUGA